GUUGGUCCGACCAUUCCUUCUAUGGUCCGCCCCCGCCGGGAUUCUACGGAAAGUUCGCAAGAGGCGUUGGUGAAUGACUAGUCUUUCGUGCGUUGACGUAACCCAGACAGGACUUUUUUUUUUUGGUACCGAGCGGAGAGGAGAUGCACACGGCACUCGAGUGAGAGUGCAUGUUUCAGAAGAGUUGGAGACCCCCCCCUCAUACAGUAGCAUCAGGACUGGGGGCCAAGAAGGAGGAAACGUAUUACGGAGACCAGAAGUAAGGGGACAAUGCGAGUCCACGUGCACACCAAGUUCUGUUUCCUGUGUGUGCUCACCUUCCUCUUCCAUCAGUGCAACCACUGCCAUGGAGAAGGGCACAGCCAUCAGCACGGUGGACAUCACCAUGCCGACCACAACCACGCCCACAGCGACCUGCAGAUUUCGGAGGCUCCAUACGUGAGAGGAGCCACCCUGUCCCCGGGGUCCAAGAGUCCUCAGGGGCACUCUCUAGAGGAGGAGCAGCGCUUCUACAUCCAGCAGCUGUUCAGGCGUUACGGCCAGAAAGACCGGCUAGAUUUCCAGGGCUUUCAGAGUCUGCUGUUUAGCUUGGGUCUGGGUGAAGUGAAGGUGGUAGGUGUGGAUCAUGAGGAUCUGGGCCAUGACCACGUAGCUCACCUCGACCUGCUGGAUGUGCAGGAAGGGCUUCAUUCACAUUCAUCCACCAAUGAAGGCCAUAACCAGGGUCACGGGCAUGGGCGUGGUCAUCCACACCACAAGCCUGGCUCCCACCAUCCACACACAGAACAAGUUCCCACGCGGUGCAGCCUGCAGACUACUGCUGCCAGUCCAGCUGCUGGUGCACCUACAGGACAUGACCAUAAACAUGAUCACGACCACGAUCAUGGGCAUGAUGCAGAACAUAAUCAUGAUCACGCCAAGGUAGAGGAUAGUGACCAUAAACAUUCUGAUGGACAUGUGCAGGGCACGCAUGAUCAUGACCACGGCCAUGAUCACGCACAUGACAAAGAGCACAAACAUGAGCAGGUACAGGUGCACUCUAACCACAAGGACCUGUCUUCUCAACCUCACAGUGACCAUGACCACAGUGAUCACGAACAUGACCACACUCAUGUCCACGAAGUGCAGACAGGCACAGACAUUCCUCCCAUCAAUCAAGAACAGCAGCCCUCUCCCCAGUUGGAGCCGUCCCAAGUCCCUCAGGAGCUACAGUCCUCUCCUGCCACUACAGAAAGUCGGCCCAAGAAGCCGAGAAAGCCAGCCAGGACCAGAGGACAGAGAGCGCGAAACAAAACCCCAUCUCCUCUCACACCUGUGUCUGAUGACCAUGACCAUCAACAUGAUCACAGCCAUUCUCAUAAAGAUAAAAGAGAAGCACCAGCAGGGCCUGCCUCCCCCACUUUGCCAGUCCCUGUCUUGUCUGCCCAUCCAGGAGGAAUGUCUCAUCAGCAUGAGGAGUGUUUGAACCUGACUCAGCUCCUCACCUACUAUGGCCUGAGUCCCGAAUCGCUCAUCUCCCCCAGCCAGUUCACCUACCUGUGUCCUGCCUUGCUCUACCAGAUAGAUAGUCGUGUCUGCAUCCGCCAUUACCACCAGAUGGAUGUGGAGCAGGAAGCCCUGGAGCCCGUCAGUUCCGUGUGGGUGUGGCUGUGGGGUUUUGUGUCCAUCACCAUCAUCAGCCUGCUGUCUCUGCUGGGUGUGGUGCUCGUACCCAUCCUCAACCAAGCCUGCUUCAAGUUCCUGCUCACCUUCCUGGUGGCGCUGGCAGUGGGCACGCUCAGUGGCGACGCUCUCCUUCAUCUGAUGCCCCAUUCUCAAGGGCAGCACGACCACGGCGAUCCUGGGACGAGCCACAACACUGAUCUGGUAACAGCCUUCGAUGGAGUGUGGAAGGGCCUAACAGCGCUGGCCGGCAUCUACCUCCUCUUCAUCAUCGAACACUGUAUUGGCAUGUUUAAGCACUACAAAGACCACGGGGCAAUGAAGAAGGUGAGUGAGGAGGGCAAGAUUGGCAGGAAGUUGUCAGAUCACAAGUUAAACCGGCGCUCAGAUGCAGAGUGGCUGCACCUGAAGCCCCUCAGUGAAGACCCUGACAGCACCGCCGUCUCCUGCGACAACAGUCACAACGACACGCAGCUCACAGAGCUCCAGACACUCGACUCUCCCACCAACAAGACGCCACUGGCACCCACAAACCCCCAACAAGACCGCCCGUCACCCACCAAGGAGAACGGACGCAAGGCCAAGCAGCACGGUCACGGACACUCGCAUGGCCACGGUCACUCUCAUGGUGGGAACUGCCACUCAGACCAGGAGAUGAAGGACGCAGGUAUAGCCAGCAUCGCCUGGAUGGUCAUCAUGGGCGAUGGCAUGCAUAACUUCAGUGACGGCCUGGCUAUAGGUGCAGCGUUCAGUGCAAACCUGACAGGAGGCAUCAGCACAUCAGUGGCUGUUUUCUGCCACGAAUUACCUCAUGAACUUGGUGACUUUGCGGUGCUGCUGAAAGCGGGGAUGUCAGUGAAGCAGGCCAUUGUCUACAACCUGCUGUCCGCCCUCAUGGCCUACGUUGGCAUGCUGAUUGGCACAGCUGUGGGCCAGUACACACACAAUUUAACCAGCUGGAUCUUCGCCAUCACAGCUGGCAUGUUCCUUUAUGUGGCCCUGGUGGAUAUGCUGCCAGAAAUGCUUCACGGGGACAGUGAGGACCACAAGCGCUGCCAGCUGGGACACUUUAUGCUGCAGAACCUGGGCAUGCUGACUGGGUUCGGCAUCAUGCUGCUCAUCGCCAUCUUCGAAGACCAAAUCGUUUUCGAUUUUGGCUUCUAGUAGAGGAGAGAGCAGGACGCUGGGAAGUGAAGGAGGGGAGAGAAGGAUGUAUCAAAAUUGUUCUUCUUGGCCUUAACAUGCUUUGUUUGCGAUGUAACGGCCCAGUCUUGCAUGCAAUGUGAGUCUCAUUCAUGGCCCGUGCCUCCAUUCCAAACAUGCAGCGGUAGCUUAUGCAUAUCUCAUGACUCUGCCAGUGAUGUUUACACUCUGCUCCCCCAUCACCUCUCCUCUGUCAGCUCCAAUCUGUCUGCUCCCUGUGAAGCAAAAAAGGCAGAAUAAAAGAAGAGCGAGGCUGCACUCCAACUGGAAAACACCUCCUCUGCUAUGAAGCGGUAACCUCCAUCUUAAGAAGAGCUGUAGAUAGUAAAGGUGGUGCAGGACGCAUGUUCCUGCAGAGAGGCAGCUGUCACGGCCCUGCAGCUCGCCGCCUAUGCACCAUCACCUGUUGUUAGUGUGUUGUCGUUGUACACCCCCCCGUCUCUUAUCGACUGUGUGCUGUGUCCCAUCAUCCAUGCCUCGUACAUCUGUGGUGUGUGUUCCAGCCACCAUUCAUCAUCGACUUUUGAUGUCAUCACGCUGUGUAUCAAACGUCUCGUGUCUCUCUGUGCCAAGCCCAGGCCACUGGAGCAGCACCACGCCGCUCCACACACCGUCACCGUGUCCUUAAAGAGACGGAGAGCUCACUUUAGCUAGCUGCUACAUCUGGAAUAAACCCUUUAGCUUGUGUUGCUUCACCUGCAAAAUGUGUUGACAGCUAUAAGCUGCAGUGUCAAAAUAGAAAAGCAUUCCCCUGACUUUGAGUGGGAGAUUGUCUAAAUGGCUCAGUGUUUGUUUUUUGCUACAACUUUCUCCAUUUAUUACUUAAACCUUUGUAGUUCAUAGCGGUAUCUAACACAGUUGCCAAAGCCUUUACAAAUUAGCAUUUAAGACUUAUCAUUGUCUUUGUUUAGAAACUAGAUGUCACAAAUGUCUGACCAAUCAUUUUAAGGGUUUGACAAUCUGUGGCCAAAAGGAGACCUAUCCUUGUUAGGCCUUUAUAUUAUAUCUUUCUUUAUAAGAAUCAGCACCUUCAAAAUGUGAAUUCCGAAAAACUAGUUCAGCUUGUCUUCAUCAAAAAGUAUUGUAGUUUACUUGAUGUAUUUAAGGUGCCUCUUUGAGUUCCUAAAGGGUGCUUUGUCCAGUUGGUUCGCCCUGCAGUGGACAUUUCAUUACAGCGGGAGGUCGAGUUGUCAUUUUUUUGAUGUACUGUAAAUACAGGAGGUCUAUAUAGUGUCAGUAGUUGAGCAGCUAAAUUUUUUUUUUGUUCCUGCUAUAUAAUUGUUUUAGAAAGUACUUCUGUCAAGGAAUCAGUGAAAUUCCUGACAAUCAGAGACAGACAAAGCAAAAGACAGUACUCUUGUAUCACAGGCACAGCACAAAAAUACACUGGGUGCUUUAAAACGACACCAUUCCCUGCACUUCUAAUGGAUGUUUAACCCGAGUUAUCAAACCAUUCGACAAAGAUUAUUAUUAUUUUAAUAUUUUUUACAAGCAUUCCUCACGUAUCUCAUGUUUCUGAGGAUGUACAUUAUCGUCACUAUGCUAUCUUCUGUGCCAAAACUGGCCUGAGUGUAGAUUUUCAGUGGCUGGUGCUUGACAAAUGCCCCCGACAUUCCAUUGGCUGUUCUGUGGCUCACAUGUUAGCCUAGCUUCAGCUGCUGGAGCACACAGAUGAUGUGUGUGGCUUCAUUUAUCCUGUCACUGUGUGACAUCCAUCAUCUAUGUCUGAACUGGCUGUAAAUCAUCGUCAGUCACAUUGAACUCGUGUUAUUGAUCUGAGUGAAUCAUGCAUGAAGCAUGAGUGAAACGGUACAGACGUUGUGUCGAGUGUAAACUUGUUUUCAUUCUUUGUACUGCAAAGUUAAAAUAUUGACAACCUUUUUGUUACUUUUUAAAUGAACUGUUUGAAGAUCAUGAGAAAUUCUUUGGGGCGUAGUGUAACUGGUGUUAUGAGCCUUUUUUAAUGAUGCAGGUUGGAGAGCAAAUACCUUUUCUGCAUCCGUUCUAUCUUUUUACAGGCAUUUUAUUAUUUAAUCUUAUGUUCAUAUUUAAUGUUAAUGCAAUUGUUAAACGGUACCUGAAUGCAUCUUCAUUCUGCUCUUAUACCAUCAUUAUUACCUUCAUCAUUUUCUGUUUCCUACAAUAUUCAUUUUGAUUGUGUUUUUUGUAUUUUUAAAAGAUUAGGAGUCCUUUUUUUAAACAGUAUUUCUCUUUUGAGUUCCUGUAUUACGUGUAUAAUUUAAAUCUAAACUGUACUGUCAAGUGUUCGAUAAGAGUUAGUGACACUUAAAGACACUAUGCCCCAAAGAACAAGUUUCUUCACUGUUUAUUGGGCAAAACAAUUCCAUGAUUGUUCUCAUUUUUGCUUUAUUGUAUGUAUAUUUGUUUAGUAAUCUGGAUAUAAAAUGCAAAAUCUUUGCUGUUUGCCUGUCUGUACAUUCUUCCCAUUGCAAAAGGAAAAUAAACUCUGAAAAGAU